AAAGACGGGUGUGUAAUGGCUAUGGAGAGUCAUCCCCUAACCAACCUAUUUUCCCUCAUUGUAAACUAUAAAACAAAUCAACCAACUACCAGCAUUCCUUCCAACGAAUCAACUUUUCGCUUCUUCGCUGUCGCCUCUCAUUCGAUCUCUCCCCUCCCUGUUCUUAAACCGGGAGAGAUCUAUUCCAUUUUCCAUCCAAUUUCUUCUUCUUCUUCUUCUUCUUCUUCUUCCUCCUCCUCCUCCCUCCAUUUUCCUCUAUCAAUGGGUUGCGGAGAGUCCAAGCUUGCUAUCGACACCGCCGACGGCAUUCUCCACCGCAAGAAAUCAUCCGCUAGUCGAUCUAAGAGCGGACGAAGAGCAGGUGAUGGAUCCAAGACCAGUACUGCCCAUUCCUCUAGUGCUGAUUUGAAGGUUCCGUCUCUGAACAAAAUCGAUAGCUCUGUCAAGGUUGAAUCCUCCGAGAAUAAGGUAGAGCAGCGAGAUGAGAAGAAGAUCGAUGAUGUUGCGAAGAUUGAACCGGAGGUUAAGACAGAGCAGAAGAUCGAUGCCGCUGUGAAGAUUGAAUCGGAGGAGAAGAGCGAUAGCAUUGUGGUGACGGAAGGAGUGAAAACAGAGGAGAGAAAGGAGAAGGAGGUUGCCGGCGACAGUGAGAAGAAGGAGAAGGAGGUUGCCAGCAGCAGUGAGAAGAAGGAGAAGGAGGUCGCCAGCAGCAGUGAGAAGAAGGAGAAGGAGGUCGCCAGCAGCAGUGAGAAGAAGGAGAAUGAGGACGGAGGGAAUGGCGGUUCUGUUGAAAAACAGGUGGCUGGAGAAACGAAAGCAGAGGAGAAGAAGGAGGGCAGUGAAGUUAAGGUAGAACAGGGAGUUAAAGGUGUUGAGGAAAAACUGCUGGCCGGAGAAGUUGAAAAGGAAGGAAUUAAAGCUGUAGAGAAAAAGGAGGUGGCCGGAGAAACGAAAACGGAGAAGAAGGAAGGUGGCGCUGUUGAAGAAGGAAUCAAAGCUGCAGAGGAAAAAAAAUUGGCUGAAGAACCCAAAGUAGAGAAGCAAAAUGGAGAGGCAGUGAAAUUGAAGGAAGAAAGUGAAGGUAAGAAGGAAGAAACCCAAAUCUCAGCACCCACUCCACUACAAGACAAGAAUCUCAAAGAUCCCAAGGAAAAUGGAGGUGAUUUGGAAGUGAAGAACUCAACAACAGAGGAAAAGAAAAUAGCACCAACCAACUAAGUGAUAAAAUGAUUUUGUGGCCAAAUUGAAAGAUGAUUGGAGAAAUAGUUAUAUAUAUUUACACAAACACACACAUAUGAUACAAAAGAAAUGUUAAUGAUUUUUAUUGUCUAAAUAAGAACUCAAUAACAAGUUCAAAUGAUUUAUACUUACUAACAACAGAGAUUUUUAAUUCAU